AUGAGACGAGAGCUCAGCCUUCACCUGUCUGGGAAGAUCAGAGACAAGGUGGGCUUCUUCCCGGCCAACUUUGUCCAGCGGGUUCGUCCAGGAGAGAGGGUGUGGAAGGUCAACGCCGGCUUCCACGGAAAUCGAGACCACGGCCAGAUGAGCGUCAAAGAGGCUCAGGUGACUAGGCCGCCCUCGACCUUCUACAGUAUAUCACUCAUUGUUUAG